AUGACGCUGGAGCUUCUCGGUUUCAUGUUAUCAUCGACGGACACAAACGAUUUUGAUUCGCUAAUGCAGAUACGUGUUGGUGGGAAACAAGGAGAUGAUUCAAAGAUUGGGAAACAUGGGUUAGGUUUUAACUCGUGUUACCACUUUACCGAUGUUCCGAGUUUUAUAAGCGGCGAUUCUAUUGCGUUUUUGGAUCCUCAUGAGAAGUUCUUGCCAAGAAGACAUGAUAGUACCCAACGAGGAAUUAUUGGACCUAUUCCUAAAAAUGGUAUUGGUGGACAUUCUGAAAAGGACCAAUUGGUUCCUUAUGAAGGCAUCGAAGGCAUUGAUUUCCGUUCGACUUUUCGAGGAACACUAUUUCGAAUACCACUUCGGAAACAACCAAGUGAUAUAUCCGACAGUAUUUUCGCUACAGAUCAAAUUCUCGAAUUGUUCACGAGUCUUAAAUCAACUAUCUCUUCCCAAUUUUUAUUUCUUCGACAUAUCGAAACGAUUGAAAUUUCAUAUAUACUUUCGACAUCAACUCCACUACAAAUAAAUUCACUUUAUAAAGCGACUAUAACGGGAUUGACUGAAAAUGUGAGAAACAAAAGAAAAUGCGUCAUAAACAAUGAAAUUCAAACUUUCCAAAUGGAGAUCGAACAAUUUGAAGAAGAUUCAAACAAUGUGCAAAAGGACUGUUGGAUUAUUGUUACCGGUGCCCAACCAAAUCCUGAAGAUCCUCAGUUGAAACAAUAUGCAGAACGAUAUCGAUUACGCGUAUUAGGAGGUAUUGCUGCAUUAUAUAAAAGUUCGAAAGAUGAUAAUAACCGGAUCGAUUAUGGAGAAAUUUAUAAAGCAUUCCGGAUCGACUUUAUAGGUAGAUUAUAUUCUUUUCUUUCGUUACCCGAUACCACAUAUCUGCAGUUUCAUCUUAAUGGAACCUGGGCUCAAGGCUCAAAUCGUGGAAGGUUAUUAUUAGAAAGAGAUAAUUCGCCGGAUAUAGAUCAUCAGAAACUCAAUUGGAAUAGACAUAUCAUGCUUGAAUUCCUUCCGAAACUAUAUUGUAAGCUUAUAAAGAAAGCCGUAGAAAUGCAAAAAAGGGAGCGUAGUUUGGGCAUCGAGAGCAUGGAUCUUAGAGAAAAUAUUCAUCCUGUCUCCAAGUUCUGGCCAUUUCCACUCACUGACCAAAGUAAUUCUAAUUACGUGGUUGAAUUCGGUUUCAAAGUACUCGAAUAUAUGAUACAAAAUGAAGACAUUUUUGAUGGCAGCAUUGAGAACCGCGUAAACUCUCUAUUCGAGUUCUUAUUGGAUGUACAAAUUGAAGGGCUCCGUUACUUUCUACAAAUUGCCUGGUAUGGAAUAGAAGCAAAUCCCAAUUUUAAGUCAUUGGUCCGCUUUUUUCCUAUUUGGAAAGUUCUUUUGAAUCCAUUAGAUGGAAAUUCAGAACCAGUACCUUUAAAACCAGCGACAUGCGGAUUUAUUUUAGAAAACAACAUCAAACAAUAUCAAAUAAAUACUUCCAAAAUCUAUUUAGAUGCUACGGACGAGAAUGAUCGUUUCAUUUUAACUCAACUUAAUGUUCCUAUGCGAACCAUUUUUGAGUAUACUUUCGAGGACGUCGAGUUUCCUAGAGAAUAUAAUAGCUGUUAUCUCGAAUUCCUAAAGGACAUACUUAACGAUUAUCGAAUUGUUCGAAAUUUAAAUGAUAAAUGCUGUUUUCCCAAUGCAAAUACAAAGAGAUUAAAGAAAAUCACCGACCUAUACGAUUAUAACAACCUGGUUUUUCGGACCGUGUUUGGCGGAGAUUCUAGUGUCUUUCUACAUCCCGAAUUUUCCGAGUUUAAAAAUAUUCUAUCGACAAUUGGAUUUAAACAUAUGAUAGAUAUAGAGAUAUUCAGGAGGUGUGCCGUUAAAGUCAAGGAAUUAUUACAAAUGCCAGAACCCCCAUCUGACAUACGUUAUCGAGGCUUCAUCCUGGUUAAUCAUCUAUAUAAAAAUAUUAACGCCAUAAAUUUGGAAAGCAUUGAAGAAAUUCCAUUCUAUCCAAUUACCAAAAGCCUUGGAAAGCCUUACAACUUACACUAUAAUCAUACUCAAUCUUUAGAUUGUUUGAAUAACAUUAUCCUUCCCGCAUAUAGAGAAGUCGCGUGGAGUCAAAUGCCAUUGAUUGCGGAAGAUGUAAUACCACCUCAUCAAGUACUUCAAAGAUAUCCAUCAUUUGGUAAACCGGAUGUUUCUACUGUAGUCAGACAUCUCCGUUUCUUGUAUUCAAUACUUCGGAGCGAUGAAGUAUGGAAGAAGGAUUGGACUGAUGUAUUUAGAAACAACAUUUUCGAUGUUUAUAAAUGGCUGGAUGAAGAAUGUUGUUCAAAUGAAGAUCUCAACUUAUCGGAACACAUUUGUUUCGAACCAUUAUUCCUUAAUUGCAAUAGAAACCAAGAUCCAUUUAACAUUGAAAACUGGGUUACUUCAGGCGAUUUAGUCUUGAACAGUGAACUUGAUGAGGUGAAAUAUGUCCAUCCAGAACUUGCUAGAUAUCCUAACAUGCUUAAAAGUGCCGGUGCUCGGGAAAUAAGGCAGCCAAAUGUUCGAAUUAAUGUCAGAGAACACGACCAAUCACAUCAUAACAACAGUACGUUGUUUAAAUUUUUGUUUGAUCAGACAUGCUCAUUGCAUGACGUAACUUUUGUUGUGAAUGGUGAAAGUAUAAAAGCAAGUCGAUAUAUGCUCGCUGCAAGCUCUGAAUUUUUCAACCAAAAAUUCACUUCAGAAGAAUUAAGUCCUACUAACCCAGUCACGAUCACUAUUGAGAACAUUGAACCUAAUUCAAUGCGCAUUUUUUUACGCUAUUUGUAUGGCCAAAAUAUCGAUAACGCAAUUCAAAACCGACAAAGUUUAAAUAUUAACGUGGAUCUUAGAGAUGAACCUAAUACCGAUGAAUCUCAAGACUUGGUACUAUACAAGAAUUUGCUUAAGUUAGCAGAUGAUUAUAAUUUAGAUCAUUUGAAAGAACUUAUGGAAUUGAGGCUCUCACGAUUAGUUUUCAUGUCGAACGUAGACGAAAUGAAAAGAUUUGCAGAAAUUUCAAAUGCCAGCCAACUCAAUGAAUAUUGUUAUCAUUUUACUCCUGAUAAUAGUGGCGUUAGGAAUUGA